CCUUGGAUUGUAUAAGACUUGGAUACCGCCCUGUUCCACACUUUGCCUCCCUAACUUCCACACACACACACACACCCUUUUGGUCCCUCGACCGACAAGCUCCCUCAGAAAACGCAACCGUCUUAGGACAUCACGAUAGACCCGUACGACUCACGCCUUUAUAUCCUCGAGUUAAACACUAGGUCUCGACCAGCCUCAUCGCGAUAUUAGGUGGUUCCGGCUUCAAGGUUCUAGCCACAACGAAGCCCAUCACCGCAAGUGAAUAGAAGCUUCCAAUAUAUUACUGCACCCCGCAUCAGUUACCUCUCUGGCCAAGCCACCUUUGACCCCAUUACUACUCAACUAUCUAUAAUACUCGUCAAUCUCCGAGUCCUCGACGUCAACGAAAAUGCCGAAGCGAUCCUUGGACGCUAGCAACCUGUCGCCGACCAUGCAGACUGAACGGGCACAGAAGAAGACGGAGAGAUCUCACGAAGAGAACCAAGAGCGCGCUUACAUUGCCGCGUCGCGGCGGGCGGACCGUAGUAUCGAAGCUCGUGUCCAGUCCGCCAAAAUGGCGAGCGAGAUUCACAAGAAGCGCACCGGCAAGGGAUUCAAGAUCUCCGAAGCGAUUGUGCAGGCCGAGGAAAUGUAUGAAGAGGAAGAGGAUGACAUGCCUCGCUCUUACCGAAUGCUGGCAGCUCACCUUCAGACCGGCUCCCCAGAGUUCGACUAUCGCGUCAAUGCCUUUUUGGCAAACAGGGUAGCUAUGGCGAGCAUGGUGGCUGGGCUCCGUAACGAGGAGUGGGCUCAAAACCCGAUCAACAAGAUGUUUGCAGAGCAGUUCCCAAACGCCAAUAAGCAAGCCCAGGCUCUGUCUCGUAACAUUACCAACUCGAUGUACUCCGUCCCCGGGCAACGUUCGCUGUCGAUGUCGCAACCCACUCAGGCCGAACAAGCGGUCACCGGUCCCAUGUCACCAACCUUUUCAUCAGUAAACUUUCAGCCCGAGACUCAGCGAUACCAACGCCAGAGAACACAGUCAGUGGCGUCGCCCAUGGAUAUGGCCACACCGGUUGCGCGUGAUCAUCCCCAGUCGCCGCCAGCUCUGUCACCGUCAUCGGACGCUGCUGCUGGCACCCCUUCGACGCGAACUGCCUCGACUUUCCCUUCGCCCAUGACUACAAUCGACCACAGUCUCUUUUCCCCCGAGUCGUCGUUUACCGCCGAGCUGCCUAUGGAUGCGAAGAUGAUGGUACCCAACUUGGACAUGAACGACCCGAUGGCUCAAAUGUUCAUGGGCAACCCGUUGCAGCAGCAGAUGUACUAUCCAGACACUCAUUCAAUGGCCGACCUGAAACAUGAGCAGCACUUGAAUGAGCUUACGCUUUCUUCGCACGAGUAUUUCAACGGACACGUGAACCCUUACGCGUCUCGUUUUGAGGAGUCCACAAGCGAUGACGCGACCCCAGGCCCCGUUAACGACAAUUGGGACGCCUUUCUGGACUUUGGCGAGCAGUCCGACACUGGCGCCAUCGAUCCGACAUUGUAGUUGACAUACCACACCGUGUAUUUUGACACGAAGCAUUGAUGGAAGUAAUGAGGAAGAAGUGUCCAAAAGAGCGACAAGCGAAAGUGAGUACGCAUUGCAUCGGUCGGGCCACAAAAGGCGGCAUGGAAUACCCAU